AUGCCUUCGUCAACGCGCAAAACGCCGAUAAAAUCAUCGUCGCCCCCUUUUUCCUACUCCUCGUCCUCGUCAUUUUACCCCUCAUCCCUGAGCUCCUACGACAGUGUCUCCUCCGAUUGUCACUCGUCACCGUACCGACACCAGGACCACCUGGAAAGUCUGAUCCUCAAGCACGGCUACCCCACUCCCGUCUCCCUUUCCUCCCUGCGCGAUUUGACGGCCACCUCCUCUUCUUAUACCCCCCCGUCUCCUCCUCGGUCUCGUCGCUAUCGUCCUUCGGAUCCCUCUCCGAUAGACGCUUUCGACUCUCUCUCCCUCUCUUCUACUCGGCCCAUUCCGAUUCCGAGACGGCCUGGUCCGAUCUACGGCGAGGAUCUCCCGGUGACUCCAUUGACCGGACGUUUCGACAAGGCCUCCUACUUUGACGACUGGGAACGAGCUUCGCUGUCCGCCAAAUCCAGGCACCCGGUCUCUCCACGCGCUGGCCGUCAUACCCGGUAUUUAAGCAUGCGUUCCGAUAACUCCCCCUAUUACUCUCCGGUUACUUCACCCACCAUGUCUCCACACCGCCCGAGUUCCCCGCAGCCUUCGCGGACGCGGACGCAGAACUCGUCCAAGUCCAGUACCGGCUUCAGUCUAGGCUCUCUGCCGCGCUUCCACCCGGCUGUCUACCAGUCCAGCCCAACCUCCCACGCUGUCACCGCUCAGCCGCCGUCCCCGCGGCAAUCCCGCCAGCCCAACUACCGCGCUUCGGCCGGCUCGCGUGACUUCAAAUUGCAUUACCGCGAGUUUCUGGAAUCUUCUCAUGAUAGCCCUUCGGCUCCACGUCUGGACCCUCUGCGCAGCCCCGGUCCGGUGACCCCGCUGGCCCUGGAAGCCGGUGACUAUCUGGCCGCCGGAUCUGUGAGCACGGCUGACCGCUCCUCGCGGGACAUGGCGGGCCAGCACAGCGGGCCACCACCGGACCUGGUUGACAAGAUCCUUGCACGGGAGAACGAAAAGGCCCGCCAAAAGGUCCGCAAAUCCGCCAUGGGCCGGUGA